AUGGCUGUGGACGCAGAAAAGAAUCUGGCGCAGGCCGAUUCUCCAGAAAUACCAAGCUCGCCUUCAACUGAUGAAUCAAAUGAACCGGUUGUCACUUUAAAGACAUGGAUUGUCUCUUCGAUUCUUUCUUGUGGUUAUGGCCUUUCUUUCUGGCCUGUCCCUGUCGUGUCGGCAAUUGGCUCCAUGAUCUCCGCUGAUAUGGGCGAUCCAACUGGAUAUAUCUGGUUUGUUCCAGCCUGGACUAUCUCAAUCACCUGUGCUUUCUUGAUCUUUGGCCCAAACACCGAUUUGUUAGGUCGACGUUGGUUCCUGGUUUUGGGUAAUCUGGUAUGCUUCAUCGGUCAUAUUGUGGUGGCAUCAGCCAAAAGCACCAACCAAGUCAUUGCCGGACUCGUUAUAUCCGGCUUUGGCGGUGCAAACUGUCAGAUGGCUGCAUUCGCCCUACCAGAACUCCUCCCCAAUAAAUGGCGACACAUCGGAGUCGUCAUCGCCGAUUUCACAGUCUACAUAGCCGUCAUCGUCGCACCGGUAACAGCCCGCUACGGCUACGAGCUCGGAACCUGGGCCUGGAACUUCUGGGGCGUCGCAAUCUUCCAAGGUCUAUCAUUCUUCGGCCUAUUAUUCCUCUACCACCCACCCAAGCACCCCCUCGGAAUCCCAUACAAAGAGGCUUUCAAAUCCAUUGAUUACCUCGGCGCCUUCCUCUUCAUCGGCGGCGCAGUCCCCUUCCUAAUGGGUAUUGUCUGGGCAGGCGUGUACGGUUCAAACGACGCCCACGUCGUCGCUCCACUAGUCGUCGGUGCAGUCGUACUAGUCUGCUUUGCACUUUGGGAAUCCUUCGGCAAAUUGAAAUACCCCCUGACACCAAGCUAUGUCUUCACCAGUUCAUGGGGCCGCGACUUCACAGCGCCUGUCAUUGCGCUCGGCGUCGUCAAUAUGUUCUAUUACUCGUCCAGCAUUCUGUGGCCGCAGAUGAUCACGGUAUUCUAUACCAACGGCGGUGCGGACUGGAAGUAUUCUGUCAUUCUGUCGUUGCCGCAGGGCUUUGCUAUUUUCUUCGGUGCUAUGCUGCUCACUUGCUUUGGUAGUAAGCUACGACAUUGGCAUUGGCAACUUACUGGGUCGGUGUUUGUUAUGGUUGUUUUUGGCUCGUUGCUUGGGAUUGUUACGCCGACUAAUAAGGGGACUAUGAUUGCUUUUGUCUUUCUUUCUCAGGCUGGGUUUGGCUGGGCUCUUUAUUUGAGUAUUGCUAUUACGCAGAUGGGUGUUGAGCAUAAGAAUCUCGGUGUUAGUGGUGGUAUCUCUGGGUGCAUUCGAUUUGCUGCUGGUGCUGUUGCGACUUCGAUCUACCAGACUGUCUUCAGUAACACAUUGGCCAAAUAUACUGCUAUAUACGUCCCUUCUGCCGCCGUCUCUGCGGGACUCCCCGAGUCCAAAGUCACGGAUUUAAUGGCUGUGGUAUCUAAAGGCGCUGCUGCAAUGAAAUCAUAUAGCCCUACCGUGGUGGCAGCAGCGGAGGCGGCUCUCGCUCAAGCCUACUGCAAAGCGAUCUUUGUGGUGGCUAUGGUAUCUAUGGCCUUCGGCAUCUUGGGUAUUGCCGCUUGUCUUUGCUGCAAGGAUGUCGAUUCAAAGAUGACCAACAAGAUCGAGGUAUACCUUGAGAAUACGGAUCUCGCGGACAGGAACAAGUACCAUUAG